AUGACGAAGAUGUUCUACGAAGCCUCAUCCUUUAAUCAACCAAUUGGCGACGGCCGCAAACGCAGUGACAUGUUCGUUGGUGCUGCUGCGCAGCCCCCACCGUGCGAAGCAGGGAAGGGACCAGGUGAGAACUAUCUCCUAUGCGAGUCCUGUGGAGUGGGGCAAUAUGCGGUGGCUGGUGGCUACUGCCAGGGAUGUCCUCCAGGUUCGUCUCCCUCUGAACGCCGCGGUACAUGUGACCAGUGUCCUCCUUCUCAUUACUCUGUGAGCGGUCUCGACGGUUGCUUUGCGUGCAACUUGCCGCUGCUUUUGGUGGACAACGAGUGUGUGUGGUGGCACUUGCCGCUGCUGGCACUGGGCUUUGGGGGCCUUGCAGUUGCUUUCACCUUGCUGCGUGCAUGGCUCUGGGCCCGAAAAGCCAGGAACGCGGAACGUAUCAUGGAAAAACUCUACAGCGAGUUGUGGGAUGAGGAACCCGACACAGUGGCCACGUAUGCGGAGAAAUUGCAUCGCGUUGGAUUUGGCGACGCAAAAAUCGAUCACAGGAUUUCUGCAAUGCGUGCGCAGCAGAGCCACAGGGCUGGUGUGAGUAUUGGAUAUCUCCUCUCGACGGAGUUUGCAGAACUGGCCAUGCAUCGCACCGGCAAGGAUGACCCAAGCUUCAUAGACAUGAAAACCGCCUUCUGGCUGGCAGAGGAACCUAUUGGUCGAGACAUCAUCUGCCCUCGAGAUGGUAGAGCGGGUUGUGCAUUAGUGGACUGGAUACCACGUAAAGAGCGCCGGGAGCAGACACACUUUAUGUCCUGGACAUGGAAAUACAGUCUGCUGCAGGUUCGCUGUGCGUUGAACAUGUUUCAGCGCAGCUACAGCACCGCUGGUCUUGGAGCAACGAGCGUCUUCUUUUUCAUGUGCUUUUUCGUCAACAACCAAUACAGGCUUAUUGUGGAGGAGUCCGCCAAUGGUAGUGAUAAUCUGGAGAAGCUUUUCGAGGGCAACCUGCGGCGCAUCGGACGGAUGGUGGCCAUUUUGGAUACCUGGGACCAACCGCUCUAUCUAAGUCGUGUCUGGACAGUGUACGAGCAGUUCGUGGCCUCCACUCUUCAGAUCCAGGUGCAGUUCGUCCUGCCCAAGGCUGCCACGGAUCAUUUGCAGCGGAAGAUCUCAUGUGGCUCAGCAGGGAUCGAUGAGGUUAUCGAAUCCCUUUCUCAGGUGAAUUCCAGACAAGCCAAAGCGUGGAAGUUGGCAGAUGAAAUGAAGGUGAAGUCAUUGAUCCAGGAGACCGUUGGCUUUCGGCACGUGGAUUCUCACGUGACGCGCGUCAUGAUUACGUGGAUUGGAGAUGUGAUGGUACAGACCUGCAAACAGUUACUGGACCAAGCUCUUGCCGAGAAGGUCUCGGAAAGCCCGUGUGGCAGUGAGGCAUGGAGCAAAGACGUCCGCAGCGUCAGCGAGAAGAUUUUUGGGUGGGAGCUGGCUGACGAAUUCACUGUGCUUGGGUUUUUCCGCAGGGACCGCAGCUUUGUGGUGCCAGAAGUGCAGACCCCCUGUACAGUGCAUGCGGAGGACCCCUUUGAAUUCAACCCAAACAGGGCUACGCGGCUACGUGCCCGCAGGGCCCGGAAAAAGAAGGAACUGCGACAUGGCGACAUGGCUUGGCUUGGCGGUCUACAACCUUGUGUGUCUGGUGCAUGGAAGCCGAACCCCCACGGCAUUGCAGUGGGGCUCACCUAUGACCUCGCCAAGGGUGGCUGGCCCAUCUUUGCCUCAUGGGCUGGGCCGCUUCGCUCAGGACCGUCCAAGACGGGCGCGGAGAAAGCGAAGCCAACGUACACGCAAUCUUCGCGCGCUACCAUGGAGAAGGCUUUGUUUAAGCUGAAGCACGACCAAGAGGACCUCGGCGACGAGCACGUCUUGCGCACCGUGAUAUCUUCGGUCGAGGAGAAUGGCGACAACACCCGGGUUCAAAGCGUCAUUUUUCACGUCUGUGCUGAGAAGGGUCCUGAUGGGGAAUCUGACAGCGACAUUUUGGAGGCCAUGGAAGAAGGCGUUAUGGAGACCCGCAAGUCCUUGCGCUUUGUGACGUUGGUCCAUCCACUUCUACAACUCACCGAUAACGGUGCCUUGAUUUUUCUGCUGCCACAGAGUGAAGCAGCAGAUAGCAGCUGUAUGCGCUCGGCUGCCCAUAAAACUUCGAGAAUUGUUGAUCAAAAUCCUUUGAGACAUGCAGAUGGCGUUCCCUGCACCUUUGCCCUGCAGCCGCAGCAAUGCGCUGAAAUCAAUGCGCAACUGAUCUUGAGGUGGCUUGAGGAGCUUUUUAAGAUGCCCAAGCAGCAGUGGAGUGCUGCAGCUGGUAGAGUGGUGCCCUUAUGUGCUGCCGGCUGCAUCACCAGUGGAACCAAAACAUAG